AUAUAUACCCCUUAAAUUUAGCGUGGAGGUGGAUGGUUCUUCAACACAGUUCAUUCUUGUUUCACAUGUGCUAAGCUGAAAUGGCGUCGUUUUUGUCUCUCCCUGCCGUUUCGCCUCGUCCCAUUCCCAGUGCCUUCUCUAUCAGAAGACCUUUCUUUCAAACUCCACCCACCUUCCAUUUCAAAAAUCACCGGUUUGCGGUUAACUGCAGUUAUGCAGAGGCAGGUGUCAGUGACGAUUUUAAAUCUGCCACAAUAGAUGUUGUGGCUGAUGUUAAAAGUGAACGGAUUGUAGUCUUAGGAGGCAAUGGCUUUGUUGGCUCUGCCAUUUGCAAGGCAGCAGUAUCCAAAGGCAUAGAAGUCAUAAGCCUAAGCAGGUCAGGCCGUCCUAAUUUUGCUGACUCAUGGGUAGAUCAGGUUACUUGGAUUUCAGGAGAUGUUUUUUAUGUGAACUGGGAUGAAGUACUUGUUGGAGCUACUGCUGUUGUUUCAACCCUCGGAGGAUUUGGUAGCGAGGAACAGAUGAGAAGGAUUAACGGUGAGGCCAACGUUGUGGCUGUGAAUGCUGCAAAGGAAUUUGGAAUUCCCAAGUUCAUCUUGAUCUCAGUUCAUGAUUAUAACUUACCGUCAUUUGCACUUUCAUCUGGAUACUUCACGGGAAAGAGGAAAGCAGAAUCUGAGGUUCUCUCAAAAUAUCCUAAUUCAGGUAUUGUCUUAAGACCUGCUUUCAUAUAUGGGAAAAGGAGAGUGGAUGGUUUUGAGAUUCCUUUGGAUUUGGUAGGGGAGCCAGCAGAAAGAAUUCUAAGGGCAAUAGAGAACUUCACAAAACCUUUAAGCUCUCUUCCUGCUUCUGAUCUACUCUUGGCUCCACCUAUUAGUGUUGAUGAUGUAGCGUUGGGGGUUAUCAAUGGUGUCAUAGAUGAUGAGUUCUUUGGUAUUUUUACAAUUGACCAGAUCAAGGAAGCCGCUGAAAAAGUACGGGUAGGGGUAUGAUCCACUUAUAUGCGUGGAGUCAAACAAGAUAAAGUAGACCAAAAGCUGCAAUCAGAAUUAUUGUACAGGGGGUAACUACAAUGAGGCCAUUUUCCUCAUUAAAUCUUUGUGUUCAUAUCGACAAUAUUUGGAGCAAAAUCUUAUGGGAAAGUGUGGGGGAAGAAUGGUGUUGAAAAUAUAUUAAAUGAGGUACAUACCUUUUUUUUAUUAUAGAAGUAUUAUUAGUUUAUGAGUGGACCAUUCGACAAGUUCACAAACCAUCGUACGAACUAGUGACUUAUUUAGUGGCCACCAAUUGUUCGAUUUGUAAAUACAAGUUGUGCUGUAAUUAUCUAUUUCGUCUUGCUGUAUUUGCUCCACAUUGGAAUAUGGCUUUAAUUUAUAGUAAUUAAC